AUGGCGAAACAGAAGACGGGGCCUAAGCCUCAACAGGCUCAACAGACUCUUCCUGCCUUGUUGUCUACCCCCUGGGCUUUCCUCCAUCCCACCGACGACCUACAUACCCUCAUUGCAGAUUCCACCAAACAAAUUCUGGACCCGCUUGCUUCCUCGGUCGUAGAGGAACAAUCCAUUCGUCGACAACUCAACAAAAAGCGUAAAAGAUCGGAAGCCGAUACCGAUUCCAUAUAUCCUCCCCUGCAGCUGAAAAACCUAUAUGUGGAUGGAUUCACCUCCAACCAAAUCUGGGAACAGGCGACGAGGAUUCUUGAUGCCGCCGGGAAUGAAAUCGAGAAAGACUACAACUCAUUGGCAGCGCACCAUGACUUCUCAUCAUCUGCCAGCGAAGAAGAGUCCGACGCGCUAGAUUUCUCUGAUCCCGAGGAAAUUGAGUCUGAAAGCGACGAUGCUAGCAUGUCAAAUCGUGUCUUAGAAGACGCAGAUAACGACGAUAUCGAUGAGGCACUGGAUCUCGAAUCUAGCCCCUCGGAUGACGACGAAUUAGAAGAUGCGGAAAUGAUCGACGAGGAGGAUGAGGAGGACGAGGACGAGGAAGGAUCGAUAAAGUCUACCGAGGAUCCCGGUGUCUACGUUGAGGAUCGCUUUGGACUCAAUGACGGCUUCUUUUCGAUCGAUGACUUCAACAAGCAAACUGAACUUUGGGAGAGACAAGAUGCCAAUGGAGAGAACGUAGAUGCCGACGACAGCGAUGAUGAUCUGGACUGGCACGCGAAUCCACUUACCGCCGGGAAUGCGAUAUCCAGUGCCAAGGGCACUGCAUCAAGCAAAACAAACGGGCUGGAGGACAUGGAUGUGGAUGAUAGUGAGGAGGAAGGGCCAACUUUUGGUAACGCUGAUCUCGAUGGAGACGACGAGGACGAAGAGGACGAAGAUAUGGGCGACAUGGAUACCCCUGCCUGGAUGGAUACAAGCGACAUCAAGUACACUGACUUUUUCGCCCCGCCGCCACGCAAGGCUUCAUCCAAGAAAGCACGCUCACUUCCGAAGACUCAGCCCACCGGUCCCAUUCUGGAUAAUGACGUUGACCGUGCCAUGGCGAAUGUCCGACGUGAUCUGUUCGAUGAAGAAUCUGACAUCGAGGAUGGGGGAGAUGCCAUUGACGAGUCUGGCGAUGCUCAAGCCCCCAAAUCAACGCAUGAGAAGCAGAGAGCGCGUAUUGCCGAUGAGAUUCGUCGGUUGGAAGCAGCCAACGUUGCAAAGAAGGAAUGGAUGCUUGCCGGUGAAGCUCGUGCAGUCGAACGACCUGUCAAUUCUCUUAUCGAAGAGGAUCUGGACUUUGAGAGAGUCGGAAAGCCCGUCCCCGUCGUGACAAAUGAAACCACCGAGGACAUCGAGGAGCUGGUCAAACGCCGAAUUCUCGCCACGGAAUUCGACGAGGUCAUUCGCCGCCGUCCGGGUGCCGCCGACACUAAAGCCCCACGAAGCAGCCGGUUUGAACUGGAGGAUACCAAGGCGCAACAAAGCUUGGCUGAACUCUAUGAAGCUGACCAUCUGCGUGCCAACGACCCCAAUUAUGUGGACUCCAAAGACCGCAAGUUGAUGCGGGAACAUGCCGAGAUCAAGAACCUUUGGACGGAGAUUAGCUCACAGUUGGACACACUCUCUAACUGGCAUUACAAGCCCAAGGCACCUCAGGCGAACAUUAGCGUUGUGACUGACGCGCCAACGAUUAUGAUGGAGGAGGCACGUCCUACGGCGGGCAGUGCGGCCGAUGGCCAAUCGGCCCUCGCACCCCAGGAAAUCUACGCGCCUGGUGACGAUGGUAGAACCGCUGGUGAGCUGGUGCUGAAGACCGGUGCCACCAUCUCUAAGGAUGAGAUGACCCGGGAAGAGAAAGCGCGGGCUCGUCGCCAGAGAAAGAACCAGAAGGCCCAUGCUGAGCCGACGCAGAAGAAGGGCAAGGCUGCAGAGAAACAGCAGCUUGUCUCGGAUUUGAAGAAGGGUGGUGUCAGGGUUGUCAACAAGGAGGGCCAAGUCACAGAUAUGGAUGGAGCCAGGGUCGGGACUAGUGCCAAAAAUAGUGCCGAUACUCUGAAGCUGUGA